AUGGUCACCGGGCUCUUCAGUGAAACAGGGGCCCUCUCCAUCAAAGGUAAACUCCCAUCCCACACAAACAAGUUACACAUAGAAACAGAGUUAGAGCCCAUUACAGAGGAAGAGAAGGAGAUGGCAGCCGAACUUGAAGCCAUGAUGAACGGCUUUAUAAGUGAGGACACUGAGAGCAACUCAGGAGCACUGGACUCUCCAGCAACACCGGGGUCCUCCAGAUCACACGGGCCUUCUCCAAGGAAAAACUUUUAUUCUCCUCGGAAUAAUCCUUACUCCCGAUCGGAGAGCCCUCUGGAGGUGGCAAAACAGGCCAACGGUGCAAGAAACUCACCUAAAGCCAGUCCCCCUCCGCCCUCUGCAUCACAGAUCCAAGAAACGUCGAUGUCGUCGGACUAUUUGACAGACACCGACGAGGACGCGAUGGCAGAACAAAUUGAAGCCAUGUUGGACGGCCGUGUUAGUAUGGGCACUGGUAAUGAAGUUCCACCAACAUCUCCUGUGGACUUCCAGAUGCCAUCAGCGUUGCAACACCAAAUUGCUGAAUACUACAGGGCUCAGAAUUCAACUGAAAAUUCUGCCCUGGAAAACACCACACGGUCCCCAGUCUCCCCGGUGAUAUCAGGCCCAUCUUCACAAGUUGGACCUGCCCCAAGGAGAAACUUUUAUGCUCCUCGGAACAGUCCACCGUACUCCAGACCAGCUGCACCAACAGUAGCAUUGCCUACAGCUCGUCACGUUGAGCCACCAACACUGAUGGUCCAGUCCAGUCCUCCAGAGAGAGUCGUACUGUCUAACACAGGGAACAGUCAACCAACCUGGAGCCAGUACCAGCAAGUGCCUGGACCAUCUGCACACACGGCAAAUCCACAAAUGCCAUGUGCAAUUGUCAGACCCUCAAAUCUUUGUCCAGUUAUAAUCAAUGGGAGAAAAAUGUUCCAGAUAACCGGACCAAUAGGAACUGCCAAUAAUACAGCCCAAGCAGCAGUCAAUCGAGACAAGAAGCCUUACAUCAAAAAACCUCCUAACGCCUUCAUGUUGUACAAGGCUGAGCAGAGGGAGCUUAUUAUGCAACAAUUUAAUAUCACUAAUUCGGCGGAGGUGAACAGAAUUGCCGGGGCGAGAUGGACAACGCUCUCAGACAAUGAACAAGCCCCAUAUUUCGAGCAGGCAAGAGUGGCUAAGAGGGAGCACGAGGCCAAGUUCCCAGGGUGGUCCCCCAUUGAUAACUUUGGGCGGAGGAAACGGAAAAGCAACACAACAUCACCUGCAGCUUAUACCCACCCCACAGCUCCAGCAGGUCCCGCUCAGCCUUUAUGGAACUACCGUGCGAUGAUGGUACCACCGGGUUAUAAUGGAACAGUCCCACAAAUGACUGGAUAUACCAGCCCAACAACAGUUCCCACAGCUCCCUUUCAGACCAUGUACUACAACCCAGAAAUGAUGGUGGGUCCAACCUACCAGCCAACAAACAUUAAAUAA